AUGGAGCUCUUACUUCGCCUCGCCGCAGUGGCACUUGUGGCGGCCGCUUUCGUCGCCGCAGACGGGACUGGGACGCUCUCGCCUUCUUUCUACGACGCCACCUGCCCCGGACUGCAGCCUGCCGUGCGCCGCGGCGUCGCGCAAGCCGUGAAGAAGGAAGCACGCAUGGGCGCCUCUCUCCUCCGACUCUUCUUCCACGACUGUUUCGUCCAAGGGUGCGACGCGUCCAUCCUUCUUGACGACACCGCAAACUUCACCGGCGAAAAGAGCGCGGCGCCCAACGCCAACUCACUGCGCGGAUACGAAGUCAUCGACGCCAUCAAGGCGGAGGUGGAGGCUUCCUGCAAGGCGACCGUCUCCUGCGCCGACAUCGUCGCCCUCGCCGCCCGUGACGCUGUUAACCUGCUUGGAGGGCCGUCCUGGCCGGUGCUGCUAGGACGCCGGGAUGCUCUCAUGACGACCAAGGCAGCGGCAGAAGAUAGUUUGCCAAGCCCUACUUCGCGACUUCCCCAACUACUCCACUCCUUCAGCAAGAAGGGGCUCAACGCCCGGGAUCUCGUCGCUCUCUCCGGUGCUCACAGCGUAGGAAUGGCGCACUGCUCCAACUUUCGGGAACAUGUCUACAAAGACACCAAGAUCAACAUGACCUACGCUGCACAGCUCCGCGCCAAGGUCUGCCCGUUCGUCGGCGGCGACGACAACCUCGCGCCCCUUGAGUUGCAGAAACCGGACAAGUUCGACAACGGCUUCUUCAACGACGUCAUCACUGGCCAAGUUCUUCUCCGGACGGAUCAAGAGCUGCUCGGCAGCAGCGGCAGCCACGGGACCACUGACGCACUCGUCCGGGAGUACGCCGCCAACGCAGAUAGAUUCGCUGCAGAAUUCGCCAUGGCGAUGAUCAAGCUGGGAAACAUGGCGGUCCAGGACGGUGAGGUCCGGCUGAACUGCCGUCGUCCCAAUUGA